UAUUCUUUUUAUAUAAUGAUAGAUCUAUAUAUGUAACCCCUAUCCCCUAUAUAUAUCCAGGGGCGAAUUUAGAUGGAUUAAUAGGCCUUUCUAAUAAGAAAAUGGAUACUAAUAAGACAUAGAUGGAUGAAGGAAAAAAUUUAAGUAAAAUAACUGGACCAAUUUUUUUAACAUGAAGUCCAUUAAGAAUAAAACAAUUAGCCCAAACGUGACAAUUGAUAAACCCAAUUUUAUCUAAAUUCGAACAGGCCCUUAUUCCAAGCAGAUCGACGGCUUAGAGUAAAUCAAAAAAUCCCUUUUACAGUGUAGACCUAGAAUUCGUCUAAAGAUCCUGUAGAACAGAGAUGAAUCUGGUGGCUGGGAGGAGUUAAAUAAGGUUUUUACCAUUUUUUUAUGAUUUUUUGCUUUUUUUAGUUGGUUCUAAUGACACAUAUAAAUUGAUUUAUUACUGUUUGUGUUUCAAAAACUGGAUUUCUCAAAUCCCUUCUCAUUUCAUGUGUGAAUUCGUAUAAUUUUCUUUGAUCGAUUCUAUAUCUUGUUGUAAUAAUAGGUCUAAUUUCGAUUUACAUUCUAUUUUUUUGUUGCAUGAGCUUUGCCAUUCGAAAAAAUGGGCUUACUGUGCGAUUAGUUGACUCAAGAAAAAGAAGAAACCAAUUUAAGAGCAAACAUCAAGGGAGUGAAGCAUGUAUUUGAGAAAAGCAAAAAGGGACAUAGAUUUAGAUGGGAUUCAUAGCCAAAUCUUAUUGUAAUAAGGUGGUUAUUUAACCAUUGCAAAGAUUUGAUUUGAUUCAAAUCAUCAUCAAAAAAUUGACAGUUUGGAGGAAAUAUGGAAGAUUGGGAUACUUUAUUUAAAUUCUAAAUAUCCCUUCAAUACGUCCCGCUGUAAACGAAAUAUCACGGUGAUUAGGAACUCAAGAAGAAAAACCUCAGAGCCGAAAAGAGGGCGAAUUUAACAAGUAUCAAUCAAUUUUCAGCGAACGGAAUCCUAAUCUUUACUUUGUUAAUUCGUGGCGGUGAAUGAAAGUAUGGAUGGAGUUCCGGACAAUGGAGGUGAACCGGUGGUGAUUGGAGGAAUGGUGCUUGACAUUAAUGCCAUCCCUUAUAUUACCGCUAAUCCCAGAACCACUACUCCUGGAAAGGUUAUCUAUACAUUAGGUGGAGUAGCUAGAAAUGUUGCUGAGUGCAUGUCAAAGCUUGGAGCAAAGCCUUACAUGAUAAGCGCUCUGGGAUUUGACUUGGCAGGAAACUUACUGUUGGAACACUGGAAAUCUUUUGGAUUAUCUGUUGAAGGCAUUAAAAGAAGUCAAGAUAUUGGAACGGCUGUUGUGUGUAAUGUCUUUGAUGGUAAAGGGGAGUUGGCUGCUGCUGUUGCUAGUGUAGAAUCAAUUGAGAUGUUUCUUACUCCCAAAUGGAUUCAGAAAUUCAAACGCAAUGUCCGUUCUGCCCCUGUGCUGAUGGUUGAUGCAAAUUUAAGUCCUCCAGCUCUUUUAGCAUCUUGUCGAAUGGCAGCAGAAUGCAAGACUUCAAUUUGGUUUGAGCCUGUAUCUGUUGCAAAAUCUAAAAGAAUUGCUUCGUUUGUAGAACAUAUAACUUAUACCUCACCUAAUGAGGACGAGCUUGUAGCCAUGGCAAAUGCCCUUUCUUCUCGAAAUAAUUUCUUACCAAUUCAAAGAGAUUCAAAUAGUUUUGACUCAUCUAUUGGCUCAUUAUUUCAAGUUCUAAAGCCUCCAGUAUGGGUUCUGCUUGAGAAAGGUGUUAAAGUAGUAAUUGUGACCCUCGGACCACAAGGUGUAUUCUUGUGCUUCAAAACAACUAGCGGACUGAAGAAACAAGAUUGCAAGAAAAAUGAACCAUUUUCUUUUAGUAUAAAAUUAUACGAAGCUAUAAAUUUAACUUGCCCUGCCAAUAAGAUAUUAGGCACCCUUGAGUCGAAAGGGAGCCAUAAUAUAGCUGUANCAGUAGUUAGGCUUACGGGUGCUGGUGAUUGCUUGGCUGGCGGUACACUAGCUUCGCUGUGUUCGGGUUUGGAUAUAAUGCAGAGUGUGGCAGUUGGAAUAGCAGCAGCUAAAGGGGCAAUUGAAAAUGAAAACAAUGUCCCAAUUGAGUAUGAAUUUGACAGAAUUGCAGCUGUUUGUGCACUUUCCUCCUGGGGUGUUUUUGCAGUUUUGAAAUGUAAGCAGCUUUAUGAUAUCGUGCUCUACUCGGUAGAAUUUGGAGAUUUAUAUGAUGCGAGAACAGUCUAUUCCCAAGCAAAAGUUAUCUUCUGCGAAUCAAAGUUAUAACCACCUCGGAUUUUCACUUGUACUAUUUACAAUUGAUAAAAAAAAUAACAUGGUGAUUGUGAUUAUUUACUGUUUACUCAUAUUGAAUAAAGAAGAUACUUUAUGACAUAUUUUGUCAUAAUCAUACUUGUAAGCUAUUUUUUUUUUAAUUAUAAAUUACUUGUGUCAGAAAAAA